CGCCCACCCGCCGCGGACCCGACCACCGUCCUCCAUCCGCCGCCGCCAUCCUCCAUCCCACCACGGCCGCCGCCAUCCUCCCUCCUCCUUCCCACCGCGGCCCCGGCCGCCGCCGCAUGGCUGACAUGGAAGACGAGCUCAAGUGCCCAGUGUGCGGCGCCUUCUACCGCGACCCCAUCAUCCUGCCGUGCUCGCACAACGUGUGCCUGCCGUGUGCCCGCACUAUCCUGGUGCAGACGCCCGAGGCCGAGCCCCCGUCGCCGCAGGGCCGCCCGCCCGCCUCGGCCUCCGCCUCCGACUACGACUACCUGGACUUGGACAAGAUGAGCGUGUACAGCGAGGCGGACAGCGGCUACGGCUCCUACACCAGCUUCGCGCCGCCCAUCCCCAGCCAGAAGUCGCCCAACGGGGUGAGGGUGUUCCCGCCCGCCCCGGCGCCGCCGCCUCUCCGCCACUCCAGCCUGACCUGCCCGCAGUGCCACCGCAGCGCGCUGCUGGAGGAGCGCGGCCUCCGCGGCUUCGCCAGGAACCGCCUGCUGGAGGCCAUCAUCGGCCGCUACCAGCAGAGCCGCGCCGUGGCCGCCCGCUGCCAGCUGUGCGAGCGCAACCCGCAGGAGGCGGCCGUCAUGUGCGAGCAGUGCGACGUCUUCUACUGCGAGCCCUGCCAGAGGCGCUGCCACCCGGCCCGCGGGCCGCUGGCCAAGCACCGGCUCCUGCCACCCGCCCAAGGCCGCGGCGCCGGCAAGCCAGCGCCUCGCAAGCACUCCACUUGCGCCGAGCACGAACUGGAGAAUCACAGUAUGUACUGCGCCAACUGCAAGAUACCCGUCUGCUACCAGUGCCUGGAAGAGGGCAAACACAGCAAGCACGAAGUGAAGGCGCUCGGAGCCAUGUGGAAACAGCAUAAGGCCCAACUAUCUCAAGCAUUAGGUGGUGUUUCUGACAAAGCAAAGGAAGCCAAAGAAUUUUUGGUGCAUUUGAAAAACAUGGUACAACUAAUUCAGGAGAAUGGUGUGGAAUUUGAAGCUUGUCUUGUGGCACAAUGUGAUGCACUUGUUGAUGCGUUAAAUCGUCAAAAAGCAAAAUUGCUUACGAGAGUCACCAAGGAGCGUGAGUUUAAAUUAAAGGUUGUUCGGGACCAGAUAAGCCACUGCACGCUAAAACUACGUCAGACAACUGGUCUCAUAGAAUACUGCCUGGAAGUAUUAAAAGACAAUGACACCAGUGGAUUCCUGCAGAUUUCCGAUGCAUUAAUCAAGCGUGUGCAUGUGUCCCAGGAGCAGUGGGUUAAAGGAGCUUUAGAACCCAAAAUAAAUCCAGAAUUUGAUCUGACGCUCGAUAACAGCCCAUUAUUGCAGACAAUUCACCAGCUGGAUUUUAUUCAGAUGAAAAUUCCUUCUGCAGUGCCACCGAUGCCAAUUCUACAACUGGAGAAAUGCUGCACCCAUAACAACAAUGCCACACUUGCAUGGAAGGCACCUCCACUCAACCAGACUCAGAUCGAAGGCUAUAUCCUAGAACUUGAUGAUGGAAAUGGGGGACAAUUUCAAGAGGUGUAUGUUGGAAAAGAAACUGUGUGCACAGUGGAUGGACUUCAAUUCAACAGUGCUUACAAUGCAAGAGUAAAAGCCUUUAAUUCAGCGGGUGUUGGACCUUACAGUAAAACUGUUGUUUUGCAGACAUCUGAGGUGGCUUGGUUUACCUUUGAUCCGAAUUCUGCUCAUCCAGAUAUUCUUCUAUCCAACGAUAAUCUGACCAUUACAUGUAAUAGCUACGAUGACCGGGUUGUGCUGGGAUCUGUUGCACUCUCCAAAGGAAUCCACUACUGGGAAUUAUCUAUUGAUCGUUAUGACAACCACCCCGAUCCUGCCUUUGGAGUGGCAAGAGUUAAUUUACUGAAGGAUAUAAUGUUGGGCAAGGAUGAUAAAGCCUGGGCCAUGUACGUUGACAACAAUCGCAGUUGGUUUAUGCAUAGCAAUUCCCAUACAAACAGGACUGAAGGUGGGAUUUGUAAAGGUACAACAAUAGGUGUCCUGUUGGACCUAAACAAGCGCAACCUCUCGUUUUAUAUCAACAACGUGCAGCAAGGCCCGGUAGCCUUUGAAAAUUUGGAAGGCAUCUUUGUUCCUGCUGUCAGCAUUAAUAGGAACGUACAGGUGACUCUUUAUACAGGACUGGAAGUUCCGAAUCAUAUCAAACAAGCCAAAUCCUCAUUAUCCUACAGCCCCAAAAGCAAGACCAAGUACUGACACUUCAGCAACCAGAAAAAUGACAGUCAGUCAGGUAUAAAAUGUUUCAAAAUUCCCAAUACCAAAUACAGAAAAUACACCUGACAAAAUUAUCAAAACCGUAGCUCCUGUCAUUCUCAGUAAACCUCAGUGGUGCCUCGCUGGUAGGAAUUGGCACACAAGAAUUACUGGCAGUCAUAUGGCAUUGGGAUCAGUUCUCACUCGUAACAAGUUUUAGUUACAACCUGUUGUGUUAGAAAACAUAAGACAAUUGAGAUCUGUUGUUCCAUAGCAUACAGACUUAUGCCUAGCAGUCUGUUACCUUAUUUGUAAAAGAAAGUACCUCAGAUUAUGGGUUUAAAAAAAUAAUUUUGGUAAGGAUCAUAAAAACAGUUUUAACACGUUUUGAUUUUUUUAAAUUUCAAAAGCAAGUACCCUCUUUUUGAUCAACAUGAAACAAUUAUAAUGGGGACCUUCAUAUACACCAAGGUAGAAUAUUUUACUUCCACAAAGCCAACACUGACAAAUAUUAACCAAUUAAAGGAAGUGUAUUUAGAUGGUAGAAAGGCAUGACACUAUAACGUUUAAAUUGACUAGAAACAGUGAAGAGAAUCUUUCAGCAAAUCCCAGCAUUCUGUAAAAUUGCAAUACCUUGGCACAUCUAACUAGCUUGCUUGAGCAGACAGUACUUCUGUUACUUGCUGAAUGCUUCAGUGCACUCCUGAUUGGGCAAUGCUGGGGAUGUUCCCAUCAGCAAACUAGGAAACCAGGUGACAGGUCGAGUGGUGUUCUCUCAGCAGCGAGUGUCAGCUUGCCUUCUCUCUGCUACUUGCUUUUCACUCCCAAGUCAGACAGGGAAACCAUUUCUCUGUCUCUUUAGAAUGGAGCAACAGAUAAAGAGAAGUCCCACAGAAUUGUAUCUCGGAGUCAAAGAAACCAUUGGCCUAGAAACAAAGGGGUGAGCUGAUCAAGUACACUCUCCUGUGGGGAAUUGUAUUACUUUCUCCUAAAAUCUGACCCCUGGAAGGCUUGAUGGUACUGUUGAGUCCUUAACAUCAAGCAUAGGUAGCAAUUAACUUUUAUUUGGGGGAACUCUGUAGGGUUUCUUAAUAUAAAAUAUGAGGAAGUUAUUUAUUACAGGUAUAUAGGGGUUACAAUCCAAUUCCACCAAGCACCCUUGCUGAUUUUCCUGAUUAGUGUCUUUAAUAAUGUUCUCUUAGAAAGUAAGUAAGUAUUUAAGUAAAAAAAAAUCAAGUUGAAUUGCCAGAAUGACUGCAUUAGAUAACUGACCUGCACUUUUACAAUGUAAACUGUGAAAUUGCUGUUUCAGCAUUCACCAAGAUAAAUGUGAAACCAAUUAUUACGGUUUUAUUGACAUUGUGCCAUUGAUUCAUUUUUCUGAUUGCUGAGGUCUCGUCAUCAAGUUUACCCUUAAUAUUUGCUGGCUAUAUAUACUCUCAGUAAUGGGAGAUAUCCUUGACCACGUUCCUCUCGAUCUUGAACUUGGUUGAGAUUCUCCAGAGAGCGAAAGGUAUGUGUGAAAUGCCAAACCUACUACUUCUGCUCCUGAGCAUCAUCUAGUGGCUGACUGGAGACUUUGGACAGAUCUAAAGGACCAAUGUUAAAUUAGAAACACAUGCUGACAUAUUUCAGAAGCAAAAUCAAUGCAUUUGUUUCCAUUUACUUCCCUACAUUAUCCAUAAAGUAUUAACACUAUGAGACUAUAGUUUCCUGUAAGCAAUGUGGAAGGAAACAGGACAGAAAUAAGCUAAAUACUGAAAGUUUGUAUAAAUAUAAUAGAGGUGUUUGUGAUUGUUAUUACAAGUGUACGUUUUGCUAAUGUUUGUCACUUUGUAAUGGUUUCAAAGGUAAAGUGGUGUUUGUGGCAGACACCAGAAAUGUGUAAAAUAUUGCAGAUGAACGUUGCUUUGCAUGGACAGUUGAACAGAAUUUGCUGAUGUUGUGGAUACUAUUUACCUGAUUAUGCACUUUGGUGAUGCUACUUAAUUUAGUGAUGUGCAAAAUUUAGAAACGAUUUAGAUAGAAUGACUAAAUAUAAACUUUUAAAAUUUUCAAUAUUCACCUGGAUGAUCUAACCUUUGUUUAAAUAAAGACACAAGAGACUACAGAUGCUGGAAUCAGGAGCAAAAACAAACUGCUUGAGGAAUUCAGCUGGUUAAGCUGCAGAGUUUGUUGUUUGCUGUUUAAAUAAUGAUAUUGAUGAUAUCAGUCAAUCACGGAACUAGCACUGCCAGCUUUAAUAUGCAUAUUUAAUGUUCAAAACAGCAGAUGAUCUUCUGCUAAACAUUUGGAAAUGGUUAGCAGAAACUCUGGCAAAAGAUUAUCCAACACAACGGUCUACACAGGAGAUUGGAUGAAAUGUAAGAAUAUUCUUUCCUGUGGCUAACUUUCUACCAAAAAGGGCCCUUUUCACCCAAACAGGUCCUUGCUUUGUCAAGUACUGCAACUAAAACCUACAGACUUACAAGCAUGGGAAAUGUGAAUCCUCAGAACUGCAGCUAUUGAGCUGACCAGAAUUAAAUUUGUGUUCUGUGCAGACCCUAUAACAGGGGAUGUUAUUUCAAUUAACCUUUCAUGUGAAACUUGCUUUUAGAUGACCACAUUAAUUCUGGUGAAAUUAAUCUUUAGAAUUCUGCAGACACGAGUUGAUUGAAUACUUUUGAGCCAGUCAUUUGGAGAUGAUCAAAAUAAAUUGUCAUUGCACUUAAAUUUCUUCUUACUGUCAAAAGACUGCACCUUGUAAAUCAUAUUAUGCAUAAUCGUCUUGUUAAAAUCUUAACUGUAUAUUCCCUAUAUCACAGCAGUUCUGUUUAUAUUAAUGAGGAAGAAUAAGUGUAUCAGUGCAGACACAAAAAGCUGGAGUAACUCAGCGGGACAGGCAGCAUCUCUGGAGAGAAGGAAUGGGUGACGUUUUGGGUUGAGACCCCUCUUCAGACUCGGACUCAGUCUGAAGAAGGAUCUCGACCCAAAACGUCACCCAUACCUUCUCUCCAGAGAUGCUGCCUGUCCAGCUGAGUUACUCCAGCAUUUUGUGUCUACCUUUGAUUUAGACCAGCAUCUGCAGUUCUCUCCUACACACAGUGUAUCAGUGCAUUUCUCUUAUCUGUGAAUAAUAGCUGUGAGUUCAAACCACAUGCCAAAGGGGUUAAAUGGAUAAUCCAGACUCGCGUUCUAGUUCAAUACUGUUGGAGAUGCCAUACAAUGGAUGAUAUUAAAUCCAGACCAGGGAGAUAGCCUGUUCAACAAUCUCCAUUCAAACCGACACUGCUAAAAAAAAAGGACUGACUGGUGAUCGAUUUUAUUGUUAUGUUCAUUGUUAUGUUUGAGAUCUUGCUCUGUAGUUUGGCUACUGCUUACUAUCUGAAAAAAAUGUCAUUUACAAAGUGCUUUGAAUUGUGAUAAAAUGUGAUAUAAAUACAAAGUUAUCUUUGUUUACAAGAAACGUUGAUCCCAAAGAGGAACAAUGCAUGCUCUGAUAGUUCCAUCGCAUCAGCUAGUCAGAUCACUUCCCUUUGCCAAAAUAAUCCAUACUUUGUCUGUCACCAGCAGUAUGUGGAUAUUGAAUGGAAUUAAAAUUGACCUUGCACAAUCUGCAUUGAAUGAAAGAGCAUUCUCAAACCAGAGCUCUAAAUGACCUGAAUUUAUCAUGCUGUAUGAUCACGGCAUACUUUGAAGUUAGUGAGUGGUCUGCAAAUCCAUCCCAGAUUAUGGCAUAGUUCUGUCCUUGAGAACUGUUUGUAACCAGGAUAGUUCGCCAAUUGGGAACCUAAUUGCAAAUAGAAUUCCUGCUUGGGAAAAGAUGCCGACAGCCCCAGAGCAACCGGCAAACCCAACCCAUUGGUCUCCCAAAUGUUCAUUCAUCGGUACAUAAAUCAGGCAUUCGUAACCAGGGGAGGACCUGCAAUUAAAUCAUGUUCAUAAUAUUAUGGUGUUUUAAAUUUUUUUAAAUUCUCCACCACUGCUCUGUAAAAGAGGAAACAUAUCUCCACAUUUCAGUGAUAUGUACAGGUAUUUCAUUUUUCAGAAAUGUGAAGAUAAGGUAAAAAGAAAGGGUGACACAAGGAACUGCAAAUGUUGGAAUCUUGAACAAAACACCAAGUGCUGGAGGAAUUCAGCCGGUCAGGCAGCAUCUGGAGAGAAUGGAGGGGGCAACAGUAACUGAACUGUUUUGCAGAAGGUCACCACUCAGUCUGCAGAGGUGACCCCAAAUUUCCAGUUGCCUGUUACUUUAAUUCUCCUUCUCAAUUCAUGUCAUGUGAUAGGAACAGAGUUAGGCCAUUCAGCCUAUCUAUACUCUGCCAUUCGAUCAUUGAUCUAUAUCUCUCUCAUAACCCCAUUCUCCUGCCUUCUCCCCAUAACCCCUGACACUUGUACUAAUCAAGAAUCUACCUAUCUCUGCAUUAAAAUUCCACUUAGACCGUUGUCUUACCAUAUAACCAUAUAACAAUUACAGCAUGGAAACAGGCCAUCUCGGCCCUUCUAGUCCGUGCCGAACACUUAUUCUCCCCUAGUCCCAUCUAUCUGCACUCAGACCAUAACCCUCCAUUCCUUUCCCGUCCAUAUACCUAUCCAAUUUAUUUUUAAAUGAUAAAAUCGAACCUGCCUCCACCACCUUCACUGGAUACUCAUUCCACACAGCUACCACUCUCUGAGUAAAGAAGUUCCCCCUCAUGUUACCCCUAAACUUCUGUCCCUUAAUUAUCGUCAUGUCCUCUUGUUUGAAUCUUCCCUACUCAAUGGGAAAAGCUUGUCCACGUCAACUCUGUCUAUCCCUCUCAUCAUUUUAAAGACCUCUAUCAAGUCCCCCCUUAACCUUCUGCGCUCCAAAGAAUAAAGACCUAACUUGUUCAACCUUUCUCUGUAACUUAGUUGCUGAAACCCAGGCAACAUUCUAGUAAAUCUCCUCUGUACUCUCUAUUUUGUUGACAUCUUUCCUAUAAUUAGGCGACCAAAAUUGUACACCAUACUCCAGAAUUGGCCUCACCAAUGCCUUGUACAAUUUUAACAUUACAUCCCAACUUCUAUACUCAAUGCUCUGAUUUAUAAAGGCCAGCACACCAAAAGCUUUAUUUACCACCCUAUCUACAUGAGAUUCCACCUUCAGGGAACUGUGCACAGUUAUUCCUAGAUCCCUCUGUUCAACUGCAUUCCUCAAUUCCCUACCAUUUACCAUGUAUGUCCUAUUUUGAUUUGUCCUGCUAAGAUGUAGCACCUCACACGUAUCAGCAUUAAACUCCAUCUGCCAUCUUUCAGCCCACUCCUCCAACAGUCUUUGAUCUGAUGAUAGGUUACCAUCCCAAAAUAUUAACUCUGCUUCUCUCUCAUUGAUGCUGCCUGCAUGCUGCAUAUCUUUAGCAAUUUAUGUUCAUAUUUUGGCUUUUUAGGAUCUGCAGUUUUCUUUUGCAUUUAGUUGACUCAUUUGCAAUACGUGAUAUGGUACGAAGGCUAAAUGUUGACCAAGAUAAAUGUGAAAAUCAAGAUUAAAGUAUUUUAAUAAUUGGGACUAUGAAGUUAAAAAAACAAAACAAGAAUUGAGCAAAUGCUAUGAAUUCCAUUUUUAGCCCAUAGCUAUGCCAGCCCCUGGUUAUUAACAGAAGAAAGCGAAACAUUAUGAAAAAUGUCUAUAAACAGGGGUAGUUAAACUCAGCAAUGUCUGACCAGAAAUAAUGGGUACAGAAUUCAUAUGAGCUUUUAAAGGAAUAUGCAAGGUGAUAUGAUUAAAUGUUUGCACAGUCAUGUUGAGUGCUAAUGAAUGCUCCGAUUCAAAAUUGCUGUGAUGGAGCAGCAAUUGAUAGCACCCCUCAGAAGAAGCCUUUAUGACACUCUACGAAUGCAGGUUAAUGCUAAAAUCACAAGAUUUUUAAACCACAUUCUCCAUGGUGUGAUUUCUGUAAACUCAUAUUUUCUAAAUGCAUAUUCCUUAAAGCAAAAUUGUUUAAUUCCUUAAUGACAAGUAAUUAAGAUUAAAUCUUGUUCUCAUAAAAGGAUAACAUUGUCAAGUUUGUAAUAUCACAAGGUGUUUUAUACUGAAUCUCUUUUGAAUGCAUGGUUCUAAACUGUUAUGAAUGGACCAUUUAACACAUUUAGAAACUAUUUGUAAUCAGUCUUAAAUAAGGCACACUAUGUCACAAAGACAGACAAUAUUAACAGAUAGAUUGGAUGUGGUUUGCCAGCUAAAACACUGCCACCCGUUAUAAUGGUGAAUAAAACAUAGUCUUGUAGACAAAUUUCCUAUAUAGCAAUGUUUGCUAAAUGAGUUAUUAAAUAUAAAUUAUAAAGAUUAUAAUGCAAAUGAUUUAUAUAAACACACCAAUCUAAUGCAAUGAACCAAGAGUAAACAGAUCUGGAAUCUUCAUUUCUUAAGUAUUUUUGUUAAUGUUGUUAUGGUGUGUCUUACCCAUUUCAGAGUAUGGCACAAAUUUAUCUGGAAAAUAAUUGAAUAUUAUUGUAAUGCACUGCCUUUGGAGUAAAGGGUUUGUAACUGUGAAUAGUUUCAUGUAGAAUUUGCAUCACCUGUGUUAUGUAACUUUUUGAUUUCUUACAAUGUGUACCUUGCAUUGUGUAUUUUUUUAAAUCUGUAUUACAUUUUAUAGGGAACAAAUUUAAUAUAUUUAUUUAGCCAAUAGUUUUAAUUCCUCAUAAAUAUUAGAAAAUAUUGUCUAGUUACAUGUAUGAAAAGUUUUUGUGAUCAGUUAAUGAUUAAAAAAUGAUCCUAAGUUAGUCAGCAACUGCAGCAUUUUAAUGCAAAAAUAUCCAUUUGUUGGCAUACUUGUCACUACACCAGGUUUCGGGUGUGAUUAAAAAUUCCAAGAAUUUGAUUACCUUGUUAUUAUUGAUCAAGUGAAUCUGCCUCAACGACUAUUAAAACUACAUGACACUGUGCUUAUCUUUAAAUUAGUAAUAUUGAUCAGAAAUCCUCCAGUGUUGCUCCAUUCCUUCCAUCCCCAUACAGGUGUUUCCCAUGCACAUUAUUUUAGCUGGAAGUCCAACCAUAUGCUCCAGGGAAGGUGGGUUCAAACCUUUUGAGGAAAUCCCAGUUUCCCUAUUGAAGUAACGCGAGUAGAAUAUGAUAGGAAAUGGCCCUUUUUGACAAUUAAAAAACGCUGACCAUGAUUUAUCAAAAUCUACUUGCUCCCUAUUAAUGGAGCGUGACGUUGGAUCACACAUUUGAAUCGCAGGUUUCUUUUGGUGUUGAUAAACAUGUGCCUUUUUCAGUGGGCACAUUUCUGCUAUUUACUUCUCAGAAUAACAUUUGGUUUGGUGCAACUCAGCUUAGAGCAUAACUUUAUUCUUUGUCCUCGUACAAUGGGACUGAUAAAAUAUCAGGUCACACCUACCAACAUGGAAUUUAUCUUUCAGCUAGGAUGUGAAUAAGCUACUCUCAUUAUAUUCUCAAGUACUCAGUAAGUUAACAUCUUCACUAUUUCGAGAAAGAAAAUGUGGCUUUUCAUUUUUCAAACAGUAAUUAACUUUUUAAAAGAUAUGUGGCUUUGUACUACGUUAAAUGUGAAGUAAAUAUCUUAGAAACUUGGGCAGUUGGCACUGCAGAAUUAUUUGCUCUCAUUGCGAGCAGAAAACAUUUGCCUGAUUGUCUAAGAUAACUAAAAUGCUCAUGGAUUCCCCCUCCCCACAUGUUUCUAAAACUUUUAGAGAGCACAAUGCUUUUUAUAUUGAAAGUACAAUUUAGUACUGUGCAGUUUGUACUUUACCAGCAUUGACUUGGGGAUGGUCUGGGCCACUGACGCUAGAAAUGGAUGUGCUUUGUCCACUUAGGGUUUCAUUGUAUUUUUUAAAAACUCUUAAAUGUUAAUUCUGCCAUCAGGAGCUUAAGCGGCUGGUCCGCUGAUUCUUUUGUUGUAACUGGUUGGUAUUACAUUAGCACAAAACCUUUUUAUGCAUACUGGAUAGUUUGCGUUUUAUACUUAACAUUCUGUUACUUUUGUCUACUCAGUGCACUCAAACCAGGUAUUGCAUAAACACAGUGAAUAUUUGUUCUGUAAUUGGUGUAUGUUUAUAAAUUGUGAUGUGCCAAAAUGUCUGGUGUACUUGUUUAAUUGAAUAAAUCUGGCUAUUACAAUUCAUAAUUGCUUCUGGGUUUCAUCAUUCUGCAAUUUCAUAUGAGAUCAUACGCUAUGGUUUCUGACAUGUUUUGUAAAACGUCUCACAAUGUACCAUGCAAGGGAAAGGGAACUGAAAAAAUAUAGGAUCGCCUUGUUCUACAACAUUGUUGUGUGGUUCCCACACAGGGACAUGACUGCAAUAAAAAAAUAACCCAAUUGUCUGUGCUCCAGGCACAGAUUAUUACUAUAUUAGUGGGAUUUGGUAAGAAUUGUGAUGGUCUGCAUCCAGCAGGUAUUUGACCACAAUUGGGUCUAUAUAAACUACAUUGUACCCUUAAUUCUACACCAUCAUCAUCCAAUUCUCUGACUCGGGAGUAACAUUUUCAUCAUGCGCAAUAUGAGGUUCAUUGUGUGUAUUUUCCCAUAUUUAUGUUAUAUUAUCACCACAGUCAUAAUACCUACCC